UUUUUUUCAUAAAAUCUCUAAAACAUGCGGUACUACAAAUAAAAACCAUAAACAGGUAGAAAGAAACAAAGAAAUACAACCAUCUCUCCCUCCCAACUUCCCCCCCUCUUCUCUCUAAAAAUCCAUAUACUUUGUAGAGAGAGAAACUCACUAGUUUGGGUUUCAAUUGACUCGAUGGGGCCAGUAAGAGGGUCAAAGAAGAAAAGGAAGAGAGAUUUUUCAGAAAAUGAAGAGUCUGGAGAUUGGUGGGUCGACUUCUCCAAGGGUAUCAAUGGUGUUCUUUCUCCAUCAAAGGGAUUGGAUAAGUUUGAGUUAGUUUUCAAAAUAUCAAGGAAGACAUUCAACUACAUAUGCUCACUUGUAAAAGAAGAUAUGUCGGCUAGACCAGGACAUUUCUCCUUCUCAAAUGGAAAGCCUUUAUCUUUAAAUGACCAAGUAGCAGUUGCUCUAAGAAGACUUAGCUCGGGAGAUUCCUUAAUAAUAGUGGGAGAGUCAUUUGGUUUGCACCACUCAACAGUCUCCCAAGUUACAUGGCGUUUUGUGGAGUCUAUGGAGAAGAGAGGACUGCACCACCUUCAGUGGCCUUCCUCUGAUGAAGAAAUGACAGACAUAAAGUCAAAAUUUGAGAAAAUCAGAGGAUUUCCAAACUGUUGUGGGGCAAUUGAUACUACACAUAUCACAAUGUGUUUACCUUUGGCAGACCCUGCUAAUAAAGUGUGGUUUGAUAGGGAGAAAAACCAUAGCAUGCUCUUGCAGGCAAUUGUAGAUCCUGAUAUGAGGCUCAGAGAUAUAGUGACUGGAUGGCCUGGGAAAUUGAGUGAUUCUAUAGUGCUUAAAAGCUCAAAUUUCUUCAAACUAUGUGACAAUGGAAAACGGUUAAAUGGAAAAACAGUACAUCUUUCCGAGGGAUCAGAAAUAAGGGAAUACAUAAUAGGAGACUUGGGGUUUCCUUUGUUACCAUGGUUAGUCACACCUUACAGAGGCAAAGGUCUUUCAGAGAUUCAGAGUGAGUUCAAUAAACGUCAUUUCGCUACAAGAAUGGUUGCAAGGAGAGCAUUGUCUAGGUUGAAGGAGAUGUGGAAGAUAAUACAUGGAACUAUGUGGAGACCUGAUAAGCAUAGGUUACCAAGGAUCAUACUUGUUUGCUGUCUCCUUCACAACAUUGUAAUUGACUUAGAAGAUGAUGUUCAGGAUGAGAUCUCAUUGUCGCACUGCCAUGAUGAGAACUAUAGACAACAACAAACAUGCGAAUCUGCCGACUUGACUGCUUCUGACAUGAGAGAGAAACUCUCUCUCUAUGUGUCUCGAAGCUCUCCCCAAUAACAUUCUUUUUACAUUGCAUUUUACUAUUUUAGUUUCUCAAGGAUCAUAUUAUACCAUUUUAAUAUUCUAAUUUCCGUUUGUAAAUAAGAUUUUUGAUUACAACUCAGCUCUUGUGCGCCAUAACAGGAAGAUAAUUCCAUAAUGGCUACUUCAACUUUGGCCUAUUUCAGGCUUUUUUAUGUUCAAUAUGAUAACAUUACAUAGAUAGAUAGGUUUGUCUAAUUAAUGUCAGCUUAAUUUGAUUUUGUGGUCUCCUGAGGUUCUAUUACAGAGUUAAUCCUUUGAUUUUAUUCUAUAGCACUUUCUCUCUAA